UUGAUUGAAUUCUUAGCGAGGAGGCACCGGGGGCUUCUUAAGCUGAUUGUCCAGUCGGGCGUCCUACUGUUGACCGUGAUGCAGAGAGGGUUUGUGCGGGUUCUACCCCCAACCAAUGAAAUAAAGGAUGAUUUCGACACCCUGGGGCCUGAUGCCCCGUUACAGGCGGUUGGAAAUGGUACAGUCAAGAGCGUGGAUUGCACUUCAGAGUUGGAGGACUUCUUUGCCAAGCGGAAGCUGGACGACAGCGACAGCCACGUGGUGAGCAUCGCCGAGUACCUGCAGCGCGGCGACACCGCCAUCAUCUACCCAGAGGCUCCGGAGGAGCUGAGCCGCCUGGGCACCCCGGAGGCCACGGGACCGGAGGAGAACGACCUGCCACCUGGAACGCCAGAUGCCUUCGCCCAACUGUUGACCUGCCCCUACUGCGACCGGGGCUACAAGCGCCUGACGUCCCUGAAGGAGCACAUCAAGUACCGGCAUGAGAAGAACGAGGAGAACUUCGCCUGCCCCCUGUGCAACUACACCUUCGCCUACCGCACCCAGCUGGAGCGGCACAUGGCCACACACAAGCCUGCGCGGGAUCAGCACCAACUGCUCAACCAAGCGGCCGGCAAUCGCAAGUUCAAGUGCACCGAGUGCGGCAAGGCCUUCAAGUACAAGCACCAUCUGAAGGAGCACCUUCGGAUUCAUAGUGGUGAGAAACCGUACGAGUGCCCCAACUGCAAGAAGCGUUUCUCCCACUCGGGCUCGUACAGCUCCCACAUUAGCAGCAAGAAGUGCAUCGGCUUGAUUGCCGUCAACGGCCGCAUGCGCAGCAACAUGAAACCAGGGUCUUCCCCUACUUCUGCAUCAGCCUCCCCCACCAACACUGCCAUCACUCAGCUGCGGCAGAAGCUAGAGAACGGCAAGCCGCUCGGCCUCGCCGACCACAACAACCACUUGAACAUCAAGACGGAGCCACUCGACUUCAACGACUACAAGCUGAUGAUGGCGACUCAUGGAUUUAGCGCCCCUGGCCCGUUCAUGAAUGGAGGCAUGGGAGGGAACAGCCCACUGGGGGUCCACCACAGUUCCACAGCUCAGAGCCCCCUGCAGCAUCUGGGGAUGGCCAGUCUGGAGUCGCAGCUCCUGGGCUACCCGGGCCCGCUGGCAAACAACCUGAGUGAGGUACAGAAGGUGCUCCAGAUCGUGGAUAACACUGUGUGCAGGCAGAAAAUGGACUGCAAGCCAGAGGAGCUCUCUAAGCUCAAGGCCUACAUGAAGGAACUGGGUAACCAGGUGGGUCUUCCACUCGUCAAUCACAACGGCGCCACCAAAAGCAUCAUCGACUACACGUUAGAAAAAGUGAACGAAGCCAAAGCCUGUCUCCAGAGCUUGACAACAGACUCAAAGAGGCAGAUUAGCAAUAUCAAACGAGAGAAAUCCAACCUCAUGCUCGAAGGAGGCGUGGACGAAAAGGUGCAGGACAACAACAUGUUUACACCUUAUGCUUGUCAGUAUUGCAAAGAAACCUUCCCCGGGCCGAUACCCCUGCACCAACAUGAACGCUACCUGUGCAAAAUGAACGAGGAGAUCAAAGCUGUGCUGCAGCCCAGUGAGAAUCUGAUGGCCAACAAGCCGGGGAUAUUCAUGGAGAAGAGCCCCCACUUACCAUCCUCCAUGUUGUCAGAGAAAGGACUCAUUGGACCCCUUAACCCUUACAGGGACCAAAUGUCUUUGUUGAAGGCCUAUUCCGCCAUGAACAAGGAGCCCAACUCGGAGGAACUGCUCAAGAUUUCCAUAGCAGUUGGCCUUCCUCAGGAAUUCGUCAAGGAGUGGUACGAGCAGCGCAAGAUGUACGAGUACAGCACUACCAGAACCCCACCGCUCGAGCACAGGAACAACGCGGAUAUGGUUGUCGGAACAAAUAACCACCACACUCCACCAAAAGACUCUUUGGCAGCUAGGUCGCCCGUGUCUCUUCUCAAGCCUACUGACCACAUCACGUCCCCCUCCAUCGCCGAACUCCACAACAACAUCAACAACUGUGAGGGCUCGCUCAGACAUCUGAAGAGCCACCAGUUCAGCGGCGGCGCCAAGCCGGCCGGCGAAAAGCUGGACCACUCCCGCAGCAACACCCCGUCUCCGCUAAACCUGUCCUCCACAUCUUCCAAAAACUCCCACAGCAGCUCCUACACUCCCAACAGCCUGACUUCAGAAGACCUGCAGGCCGAGCCGCUCGACCUCUCCCUGCCGAGGCUCAUGAAGGAGCCCAAGCACGCACUGACGGUCAAAAGCAGGCCCAAAGUCAACAGCAUCACUAUUGACCACAACAGCAUCCCCUCUCCUCGAGAGCACUUCGAAGAGCCUUUGAACUUAGCCUAUCUCAAGAAGGAAUUCUCAGGCUCGACCAACAAUGGAAACCUUGAAAAAAGCACUAGCCCCAUCUUUGGCAUUAACCCCUUCGCUGCCAAGCCCCUUUACACAUCCCUUCCACCUCAGAGCGCUUUCCCACCUGCCACAUUCAUGCCCCCAAUGCAGGCCAGCAUACCAGGUCUCAGGCCCUAUCCUGGCAUGGAUCAAAUGGGCUUCCUACCGCACAUGGCCUACACUUACGCAGCAGGGGCAGCUACCUUUGCCGAGAUGCAGCAGAGGAGAAAGUACCAGCGGAAACCAGGUUUCCAGGGGGACCUCCUCGACGGUACACCAGAUUACUUGUCAGGGCUGGAUGACAUGACAGACCCCGACUCCUGUCUGUCGCGGAAGAAGAUUAAGAAGACCGAAAGUGGUAUGUACGCGUGUGACUUGUGCGACAAAACAUUCCAGAAGAGCAGUUCCCUUCUAAGACACAAAUAUGAACACACAGGCAAGAGGCCGCACCAGUGUCAGAUCUGCAAGAAGGCCUUCAAACACAAGCACCAUCUCAUCGAGCACUCGCGGCUGCACUCGGGCGAGAAGCCCUACCAGUGCGACAAGUGCGGGAAGCGGUUCUCCCACUCCGGCUCCUACUCGCAGCACAUGAACCACCGCUACUCCUACUGCAAGCGGGAGGCCGAGGAGCGGGAGGCGGCCGAGCGGGAGGCCCGCGAGAAGGGCCACCUGGAGCCCACCGAGCUGCUCAUGAGCCGGGCCUACUUGCAGGGCAUGACUCCCCAGGGCUACCCGGAGCUGGCCGAGCGCGAGGCCAUCCUGAGGCGCGACGGCGUGAACGGAGGGAUCAGAGAGGGGCGCAAGGAAGUGGACGGAGGGACGUACGCCAAAAUUGGACGGAGGGACGAGUUUGACAUGGAGGAGGAGGAGAGCAAGAGCAUGGACACGGACCCGGACACGUUGAGGGACGAGGAGGAGAACGGAGAGCACUCGAUGGACGACAGCUCGCUGGACGGCAAAACGGAAACCAAAUCGGAUCACGAGGACGCCAUGGAGGACGCCAUGUAA